GCCUCAAUCAGACGCCGAUAGCCAGCCUGAUCAGCCAACGCCUGAGUAGAGGCACUAUGCGGAGCCAACAAUUCCACAGUACCAGUGUGGUGAGGAUAUUGAGAGCUAUUUAUUGCGGUUUGAGCGCAUUACCAAAACGUGGAGGUGGCCAGAAAGGGAGGAGGCAUGCCGGCUCGUUCCACUGCUAUCAGGGAAGGCCUUGGAGGCCUAUACUGCAAUGGACGAGGAGAGAGCCCACUGCUAUAGAGACCUGAGAGAAGCGUUGCUGACAAAGUUCGACAUCUCCCCAGAGACGUAUCGGCAGCAGUUCCGGUCCAUGGUGGUACCGUCUGAAGAGAGCCCCAUCGAGACCUACUAUCGCCUUAAAGGUCUCUACCGGUGCUGGAUUCAGCCAGAGCAGCACACCAAGGAGGAAAUUGCAGAGGCCAUCAUCUUGGAGCAGAUGCUUUGGAUACUCCCACCGGAGGUGAGGACCUGGGUGAAAGAGCAUGAGCCUACAGAGGGUCUUGCGGCUGCCAAGAGGAGGACCACCUGCAUGCUCAACCACUUUUACACCCCAACCAGCACUCCAGCCCAGGCCUGCAAAGAGAGAGAAUCGACCAGAGUUCUCAGGAUAUCCUAG